UCAUUUGCCAAGGGUGUGCUGUUCCAUAGAUGAGAUGCAGAGAUCUGGCAACAUCUGUACGCCAUUGAAGACGAAGCUGACUCGCCUCUUUUCUGUCAAAUUUGUGUAUAUGCUCGGAUUUACUAACCACAUCGGAUUCAAUGUAUUAAAAGAAAGUCUUAGGAUGCCGCGACUGGUUCACAGAACACUGAGAUUUACCGUGGAAUGAGUGGUUGGGCGGUUAGAAUGCAAAGGAGAGCUGCUCAUUUGGGGAGUGCUGUAGCAUCCUGUGCACAUGCACCAGCCCCUUACCCUUGCCGGAUGGAAAAAGUAAAGUUUGGAGUUCCAUUUGAUCAAAUAUGUAAACCAGACAUUCCUGGGCCUUUGCUGGUCCUAAUACUGAAGCUGAACAAAGAGGGACCAAACAAACGGGACGUGUUUCGAGCUCCCGGACAUCAAGCCAACAUGAAAAAAUUGAUUCAUUUUCUACAAACUGGACGAUUGGUUAACAUAGCUAAUUUUAGCGUUCACACCAUCUCCUCUGUCGUCAAAAAAUUUCUGCGUAAACUGCCGGAUGGUGUGUUUGGUGUUGAGGCUGAGAAGCAACUCUUUGAUGUUCUAUUAUCGCCGGGCGAUUCGCCAGAUUUGAAGUGGAAACAAGAACAAGUUCGAAGGAUAAUUGGUGAAUUGCCAAGGUGUACGCAACAGCUACUAGUAUUGCUUUUCGGUACCUUUCGAGCCGUUUCCCUUUCGUCGUCAUCGUCGUCUGCCAGUGUCGUUCCAAGCAGCGGAAUGAGCUCGGAAGCUUUAGGCGUAUCAGUUGCACCGUCUUUUUUCCAUACGUGUGUAGGGGCCGGCAGACAAGCCACUAUGGAUGACGUUAUUCGAUUCAAGGAGGACGUUGAGGCUGCCACCAAGAUUAUGAAGUUCCUCAUCGAUCAUUUUGGUACGUGUAAUCUUUUCGGGACGGAGAACUAUCGCUACUACUCGCGGAUCACCGGCCGAUGUUUGAAAAUCGACGACGCCUGGAUUAUGGACUUUGGUCGGCCGCCUAAUGCCUUACCCCUACCCGGUCCCAUUUCACUAGAAGCCGAAAUGACUUGGCUUCAGUAUGCAGCUCUCACCUGGAAACCUGCCUUUAGCAUAGGUGGAGGUCAUACUUCAGAGGACCAUGGCAGUACGAGUGAAUCCUUAAACAUUUAUCCGGAAGCUUGUGGCGGCGACAACAGUGACAUGUUGGAAUCGGCAAGACUCAGCGUUAGUUUGGAAGGCGACGAGAAUUUCCGGAUGGGCGCCAAUUGCGUAACAGAUGUGAGUUGUCCCGAAUCGCCCGUCAGUAGCAUCGGCAGUUCGAGCAGUGGGAGUCGGAGUAGUAGCAACAGCCAAUGCCGGCACAUGGUGGUCAGGUCUUCACGACCGUUGGAGGAGCGAAGGAGUUCCCGCUCCAACAUCAACGAUGCCACAAAAUCGCUCACUCUUCUACCUCAGGUGCACGAGAGACAGACGGCACGCAUGCGCACCCGCUCUGAGUGGUUUCUGUCCGGCUCGGUGCCGCCACACUACCCCACCCGAGAGACCAGCGAGGAGGUACUCCUUGAGGACGGUAAUAGUUAACCCCUUCGUGGCC